AUGGGUGUCAUGGCGUACUGGCGCUUUCUCUUCGCUCUCUGUGUAGUGUUGAUCUGUAGAACUCUGGCUAACAGAGAAGGUCGUGCAGUAACCGACUUCUACAAUUACCGUGAUGAGAUGGCGCAAGCUGUGUGUGUUUCCAUGACGACAAGCGGUGCAAUAUUUGCCGUACGAAGGCAGUGCGACUCCAGUCAGCCAAACUGUGCUGACAUAUGUACCUCUGUUGGUAAGACUUGCUUUGGUGGACAGCACGUCUAUGACAGCAAUCGUCGCCUGUCCCCAGACCCCAGAGAGGACAUAGGGACAGUGGGACUGAAGAUAUACAGGUACAACGACUGCAGCACCCUCGGGUGUGGGCCCAAUUACUGCUGCUGUAAAGGUUAA